AUGGCUAACAGUCGCGAGCCAGAUAAGCUGAGAAAAAUCUCGGGCGAGAACGAGCAGAAAAACAGUCGAAAUCAGAUUACUUUCUCGAACCAUAGCCAGGUUCUGAUCCCGUCCGCCGGGACUGCGAGGUCGCUGAAAUUUUCUAUUGAAAAUAUCUUAUCUCCAGACUUCGGGAAGGCUGCAAAUGAACGGCGGAAAAGCCCGAUAAAGAACUCCAAAACACCCAAACAGAAGGUUCCUGCCGUACAUGGUGCAACCAAGCACAAAAAUGCCAGCGGAAAGUCUGCCGCCGAAAACAACCCGGAUAAAGCUGGUACCUCGCCAUCACAUAAGCCUUGUUCGCCCUGGCCAGCGUGGGUUUUCUGCACUAGAUACUCGGACAGGCCCUCUUCAGGUCCUCGUUUACGAAAGAAGAAGACUUCAAGGAAAACACCUGAAGAAAAGCGACCAAGAACCGCUUUUACAACGGAUCAACUCGCACGUUUAAAGAAAGAGUUUCACGAAAACCGGUACUUGACAGAAAAGCGCCGGCAGGAAUUAGCACGUGAACUCCAGGUAAACGAAUCCCAGAUUAAAAUCUGGUUUCAAAACAAGCGGGCUAAAAUAAAAAAGUCCACUGGUGAGAAAAAUCCUUUGGCCUUACAGCUAAUGGCCCAGGGACUGUACAAUCACACCACGUUACCCAUCACUCAUGGUAUUGAUGACGAUGGUGACUCGAACAUUUCCACGUGA